AUGGAAACCAUAUCCGGUUUCACAGAGGUCAUCGAAGGUCUUCAGGAUCAGUGCGACGGCGCAACCAACGUGCCAUCCGCUGAUCGCUUGCAGGAGCAGCUGAAGGAGAUCUCCACUUCAAAUCGGUCGCAGCAGGCGGAGGUGGAAUCUUUGAGGAUGCACUUGGAGAAGCUCGGCGAGUCGAAGAAGCUUGCCGAAGCUCGUGCGCGAUCUGGAGCCGGCGCUGGCCCGGAAGCGCAGGUGCACCAGCUGAAGGACGAACGUGAUAUGCUCAAGGCCCGCUUGGAGGAGCUUAGCUCCAACACCGCGACGGUCCAGCAUGAUCAGCAAGAGCAGGUUCACACGCAGGAGUUGAAGCGACUGCGGCAGGACGUUGAGUCCCUCCACAAUGAGAAGGAACAGCUGCGUCGACAGCUGCAGGACCAAGACAAGGAAAGACAAGAGCUGCAGGACAACUUUCUGUAUGUGAAGACCCAGCUUGACAAGGUUCAAAUGAAACAGGCCGAGGCUGCCCAGAACGGGUCUUCCGAUGGGCAGAAGGAGCUCCAGAGACACAAGCAGACACUGCAGAGCAUCUCCGAAGAAAGGAACAGACUUGCAGCUCGCAUGGACAGCGCACUCAAUGUUGCAGAGAAGGAGAAGGCAUACCAUGAGCAGUCGGUCGAGCGCGUGACCACAGCGAAUGCCAGACUGAUGGAGGAGCGAGAUCGAAUCUCAAAGGAAGUUGAACGUUUAUCUUCUCUGUACGCCGAGUCUGUCCGCCAGCUGCAAGCCAGUCUUGCGGAUGCUCAGUCUGGGAAGUUCGAGUCUGGCGCUGGGCAAACUGAUCCCGCUGAGGUGGCUCUGUUGAGGUCUGAGGCAGAGGAUUUGGAUGCGAUGCUGCGCGAGAGGGAGGAGGAGAACGAUGCAUUGAAGACGCGCAUCCGCAAACUUGCAGCCUCCCUGGUGAAGUUGCCAAAGGCAGCGAGAGCAUCUCAGUAA